ACGCAUUACAACACAACUCGACUGACUCGCGGUGUCGACGCGCGGACGGCCAUUGCGUUCCGUCGAACGGACGCGAUUCCAUUUUCAAAUUUAUUUUUUUAUUUAUUUAAAUGUAUUUGCGCGUGGCGUGAGCGCGUUCUAUUUUUUUUUAAGUGUAAGGCGUUUUUCAAAAUGCGUGCAGUGCUUUUUGUGUUUGCGUGUGUGUCGUUCGUGGCGGGACAGGACGUAAACAGUUUGAGGGAUUUGCCGAAGUACGAUAAGAGAUAUGACUAUUUGAGUGUUGACGCUAUUUUGGAAAACAAGAGAUUAGUGAGGAACUACGUGGACUGUCUGAUCAAUGCGAAGCCGUGCACGCCUGAAGGAAAGGCGCUGAAAAAAAUACUCCCAGAGGCGCUUCGAACGAAAUGUGUCCGAUGCACAGAAAACCAGAAGCAAACAGCAGUGAAAGUGAUCAAGCGAGUGAAGGCUGAAUAUCCUGAGGACUGGCAGAAGUUAGCUUCACGAUGGGAUCCCACGGGAGACUUCACUAGAUACUUCGAGGAGGUGCUCACUAGGGAUCAUUUCAAUACUAUCCCUAACAGUAACGAGAUCCUUGGAUCAUCACCGCUGCCGACGCCGCCACCGCCGCCGCCACCAACGCAGACCACCAGACGACCAUUCUCUCCACCACCUCCACCAACACUGCCGCCGCUCUCCGUGAUACCAACUAACACGCAGACGACUUCCACGCCUCCACGGCCGGUCAUAUUGAACCGGCCUUCAAACCCACCGCCUCCACCGACGCUGCCGCCUGCACCAGUGCCUUCUAGCUCGCAGCCGCCCAUCUCCACUUCGCCACGGCCCGUCAUACUAAAUAGGUUCGGCGAUGACGGCGAGCUGGUGAAUGGUCAGCCAGCACCGGCGCCGGCGCCGACCUUCCGUCCGACGACAGUGCGCCCGGUCUACACCACCAGACCCACGCAAACGUACUGGGCUGGCGCAGCGUCCGACGUUAUCCCGACACGGUUCAACCUACGGCCAACCAAGGACAUCAUGCCAACCUACACCACAGCUAUCACUCUCAUCGACCAGAUCGGCUACAAGAUCAUCAGGACGACGGAGCUGGUCACGGAUAUCUUGAGGAAUACGGUCAGGGCGGUCGUAGGACGGUAAACGGAUCGUUCGACCGGUGAUGCACUGAGGAAAGUCAGUGCAGUGUUGAGACUGAGAUAUUGCGAUAUAAUGUAAGUAUACAAUAUGUAGCUCCGCAAGUUCGGUUUUGGAACAUGAUCAGAACUUAUCGGAGCCUGAUAUUUUCGAAUAGAUGUAGGUAGAUAUGUGUCUGUGGACAUUUUGAGGAUAUUGGGUCGUUAUUUCAUUCAAAUGUUCUAAAAAUAUGGUCUUACGAGAAAAAAGAGGGCAUAUUAAGAUUUUCCGGAUUUCAAGAUGGUGACUUGAAUAUCCUUAAGAUUUAGAUCCCUCCGUGAUCAGCUUCAAAAUCGCUUAUUAGCAUUUUAGAACUUUUUUUUGUGGAAUUCAUAAAGACUGCUGGAAAGAUAGUGGACCUUUUGCAUAGGUAUCGAUGUAUUUUCAGCACCGCACUGACUUUGAUAUUGAAAGGUAUUGCGUGGCCGGUCAAUCUUGGUUAAGAUGGUGCCAGUGGUUCACAAUUGCUCAAUAGUUCGAAAACCUGCGUGAAAAGGUCUAGAUGUCUAGAUACCUACUAACUUUUAGGCGUUUAAACUCUUGCCACUGAACGUAUUAAUUUUUCCACUCAUUGAAAAUCUGAUUAGAUUAAAUACCUACCUAGGCUGCAAGAGAAUAGUUAGUAUGAAUUUUGUUUUUCAUUUAACCUUUCGACGCCGCGUCAAACACAAAAGCUGUCACUCGGAUACCACGUCACCGAAGUGUCAAAACUGAAAUUGAACUUUAUGCACAUUCACGUAGGUCUAUUUUGCUCUGUGGUCUGUGACGCAUUAAUCCGUCUUUGGCGUUGGACCGGCGGUGCCGAUAUAUCCGUCAUUGGCGUCCAGAAGGUUAAACCUUUGUCUUUGUCAAUCUUAGUGCCAGUUGCACCAUCCGCACUUGACAGACUGACCAACGUCACCCGGGGCGCAGUGGCGGUUUACUAUGAAACUUUCCAUAUAAUAAAAUUUAGCGAACUAUUUAACGAUGACAAACAGUUUGGUGCAACCGACCCUAAACGUUUUGUAACUUUAUUUCUAAAGUUUGUAUCAAAUAAAGACAAUUGCGCGCGAUUUCAUCUGCACGUACUUUUUCGCAAAAUAGUUUAGCAGAAAAUAACGUAAUAACCACCGAUUUUCUAUAUAAAAGGCCCUUAAUUAAAAGUAAGAGUAAUUUCUAAUGUAUUUAUUGUUGAAAUCUCUUAAAUGAUUUUCUUACAUUGAUAAUAAUGAUCAUUAUUCCUUGCAUCUCUGCCACAAAGGGGAAGUUACACGGGCGUUCAUAAGUUGACCUACAGAUUAAUACUGUUCAAAAAAAGCUCUCUUGGAUUUAUACCUUGAUCACACUUACUGAUGGGUACAGUGGCGAGCGAGAGUGCCCGUGUACUUUGUGAGCCUUUACUCAGCCGAGGGCACUCUCUCGCCACUGUACUCGGUACGUGUGAUCAAAGCACCUAUGACACCUAUGAGUAAGAAAUAACUUCAUGGCGAUCCAGAAUUUUCCGUAUCGUUCGUAUAACUGCGCCUUCACGGCUGUCUUCUCCAAAUUCCAUGACAUUUACAUUCUGCCAACUGUUAUUGGAAAUAUUGGAACAAAACCUUUAUGACAUAGUCAAUUAAAUUGUAAGUAUGAAAUAAUAAACAUGGUUUUACCAUGUUCACAUUCUCAUUUUAAUUGUUAAAUUAUUUAUGUUUAGUUCGACUAUAAGUACAUGUUGUUUAAACUUCUUUCGCUCUAAGACAAAAAAGGGUUAAAUUCCCUCAUAAAUCCCUCAUACCUUAAUUCAUAAAGGCAUUAGCGGCCAUAUAUGGAUGGCAGUUAGCCUCUUGGGUCUAUCUUAUUUAUUUUUUUCGCCUUGCUAACAUUUGCCUGUUUAUUUUGCACAGGAGCAUUCAUGUUUAACUAUACUAUGAUUAGAGCAUUUUUUAAUGAGUAUGUCUUAUUUGGCUGCCGUCUUUUGAUGUGAUUAGAUUAAGGUGUUGUAAUAUGUACUUAAAUUUAAGUUUUUAUAUGAUAAUUAUAGUCGGACAGUGACUCAAUUAAAUACUUUUAUAAAA